UCAGUCGGAUAGAGCCGGAGUGGUGGGUCGGGUCUGUGCCACUCGUUACUGUUUUGACGCGUUUUUAAAUCUGGUGCUGGAGGACAGGAAAUAUUAAACUUAUCGUGCCCUCGUCUGUGAAAGGAAUUUAUACACAGUCUGCACGGUGCGAGCUGCUGGAUCGAACGUUGCAACCACAAAGAAACUGUCGACAAGGGCAGACUAGAGUUCGCCAUAGUCCUUUGACAUUUUCAAAGUCAGGACAUCUCCGUUGGAAUGGACGUACAGUCUAUCACUCCGUAUCCAUACCAGCAGGCGGAAAAGAAGUCGAAUCUGCUUGCCGAGUCGGCCAAAUUAGAAGUGUCUUGUCUUGAUUCGAGGCAAAAGAAUCACGAGGAAAAUAGGGUGGAGCAAGAGGACAAGCAAACCAACCACUUUGGACUGGAUUUGGAGCUACCUCAUCCAGAUCACUAUUUGCCAGAAACUGUGGAUUUCCCUAGCAGCCCCAGCGCCAUGAUGAAAUAUCGUGUAGCAGACGAUGACGAGUUGAGCCAAUUGCCAGAAGAUCAUCGACCCGAACACAAUGAACCCAUCACGGAUUCGGAAGACGAAGAAUCUCUUCGCGCUGUCAUUGACACUAACAACAGCGUUCGCUUAAAAAAAGAAGACGAAUCCUCCGAUUCCGCAAAUGUGAGCGAUACGGAAGAAUAUUUCGAAGAUUUCCAUCUUCCCAUGACACACCAGAAUAGCAUGUCAACUCGACGGAGCUUUAUGCGCAAAAUCAAGGCAGUUGACAUACGCGUUCCUGACGCUGACAGGAUAGAGGGGAUUGUGAAAUCUGGUCAACUUAAUCGGCACGGCAGUAUCCGACGUAAAAUUGUGCCCCAACCGCACGAUUUUAUCAACGACAGUCUCUAUUCUGAUCAGUCAGAAACAAGCCCCGCCAAGUUCACUUCCACACCCAACGGCACAUUCGCUGAAUUGGAUUUGGCAAAUGAUACGAUGUUCAUGUCUGAACAACAAGAUCAUGAUGGCGUCUUAAUGCCAUUUACAAACGGAGAUGUUGACAAGGAAACAAGUGACUUACCAGUUGAGAUGCCUAUUGAUAAUGGCAGUUCGGCAGAAAUCGCCCCGCUGGAUGACGCAACGCUCUUGAAAAUCAAGGAUUGUUUGGAUGCCGAGAAAGUGAAAGACAUUUACACGUUAGGCUCAACGUUGCAAGACUUGCUCUCUGCAGUCGAAAUUGAAGAAAUCAUCAGUAAUAGUCAUCGCUAUAGCGAAGUCAUCAGUCGGGAUAUACUGAUGGCAUUAACUGAACGCAGAACGCCCGAGGCUGUUGAUCCACUGGCCAAAAACAAAGUGGCAUCCAUUCAAGUCUCUUCGGCAGCAGUCAGUAGUGCACCUCCCGAUCUGAUCGACUCCCAAGAUAUCAGUAGAAAUCCUGACCGACGUGAAACAACCAAAAUAAAAAAAAGACUAUCAGCGAUCGACGACAGUGCCCGUAUGGACGAUGAUUCAGACGAUGACAUCAAUCCUAACGCCAUAUGUCCAGUUAUCGAGGAAGAAAAUGUCCCAGUCUGCGAAGAUGGUGGCCCACCAGAUGCUGCAUCGGGUUCAGAUUCGCUUUUCUCUUCACCUAUCGACGGCUGGGAUCUUAGUCCAGAUGGUAUUCGCAACUCCGAAGGGCUGCAAUCUUCCAUAAACGAGCGAAUGGACAGCUCGAGGACGAAACCUGACUUAAUACCCGAGACUUCGGCUCAAGAAGAAAAGGAUGAAGAACGUAAUUGGCGAUCUGUAGUAAUAAUGGGAUUGGAACGCAAAAUUGAUCUGAAGGUUAUUGAACCUUACAAAAAGGUACUUUCGCAUGGUGGUUACCAAGGCGACGAUUGCCAAACGGCUGUUAUUGUGUUUAGCGCUUGCUUUUUGCCCGACCGGAGUCGCGUCGAUUAUGACUACGUCAUGGAACAUCUUUUUUUGUACGUGCUGACCACACUUGACCAACUUGUGGCAGAAGACUACGUCUUAAUUUACUUUCACGGCGCUACUCCAAAAAGUUGCAUCCCUCGCUUCUCUUGGGUGAAAAACUGCUAUCAAAUGAUUGACCGGAGGCUCAGAAAGAACCUUAAGCGCCUCUAUCUAGUCCAUCCAACGCUUUGGCUCAAGGCAGCUGUACUGAUGUGCCGACCGUUUAUCAGCACCAAAUUCAGUCGAAAAAUUGUAUAUAUACCUAACUUACCGUCGCUCUCCGCUGAAUUGCCUAUGGAUCAUGUUUGCAUUCCUGAUCGAGUCAAGCAGUACGACAUGCUGAAAGAGAGUUUAGGCAAUGGAUAAAUGAAUUUCAGGU